AUGUCGGAGACACGGUAUCACGAAGGCCUCGAGGUUUACUCGGACAGCGCAGCUCACGCACCAGAGGUCAGCCCUCAUGGUGUUUAUAGCCAAGGCUCGAAGGAUCCAAUGUCGGGUUAUGUUCAGGUCGUCAAGGCGCGGAAGAGUCCUUUUGGUUUAAGUAUGUUGGGCCUAUGCACACUUGUUGCUAUCGUCACAGCCGUGGUCGUUGGAGCAGGUGUUGGUGGAGGUCUUGGAUCAGCUCUGGUCAGCUGCAAAACUUCACAAGUGUCUGAGGUCCCAGGAGCAUCCGCGAUACAAACCCCCGCCUGUCCAACCCUCACAACCAGCGCAAGCGACACCAUAGAAACCACCGAGUCAAAGUUCUACGAGCCCAAACCAGCAGAUCAAGUAACAAACCUCACACUCCCCGACGCAUGCUCCCAACCAAACGGUAAAGACGACUACACCACCAACGACGGCUACGUAUUCACAUUUACCUGCGGGUUCGACUACCCCGGGAACGAUAUAGUGCCUAUACUGGCUUACACGGCAUUCGACUUGUGA